ACAGACGGGGUGAGGAGGAGGAGGAGGAGCAGGAACAGGAAGAAGAGGAGGACGCACAGACACACGGACAGACCGCCGGCGGAUCACGGAGCCUCCGCCGCCGCCUCUGAGCUGCUGCAGCCGGACACAGAAGCAGCAGACCCGGCCGCAGACACGGAGCCAUGGCCGAUGACGACGCCCCAACCACGGCCUGCACCGGCUCCAGCCUGCUGCAGCCGGUCAGCGAGAUCACCAACCUGCCGCUGGACCAGGUGAACUUUGUGGUGUGUCAGCUCUGUGCUCUGAUCUCAGCCUUCUGGUUUCGUCUCUUCCUCCAUCCCAGUAAAACCAGUCCGUUCAUCAGACAUGUGGUGGCGACUCUACUGGGACUCUACUUCGCUUUGUUCUGCUUCGGAUGGUAUGCUCUUCACUUCCUAGUUCAGAGUGGACUCACCUACGGCAUCAUGAUCCUGACCGGAGUCGAACACAUGCACAAAUACUGCCUCCUGGUGGCCCUGACCUAUCUGAGUCUGUGUCAGAUCACUCGAGUCUACGUCUUCGAUUACGCCAUGUACUCUGCUGACUUCACAGGCCCCAUGAUGGUGAUAACACAAAAGAUCACCAGCCUGGCGUUUGAAAUCCAUGAUGGAAUGGCUCGAAAAGAGGAACAUCUGACAGCAGGGCAGAAGAUUCUGGCGAUAAGGAGGAUGCCCAGUCUGCUGGAGUACUUCAGCUACAACUGUAACUUCAUGGGGAUCCUGGCCGGACCCACCUGCUCCUACAACGACUACAUCGCCUUCAUAGAGGGGGACCCCCGUCGCCAUAGAGACCAGGAGGCCGACAGGAAGUCCACCUGCAAGCUGAGGCAGAGCGAGCCCUCGCCAAACAUGGAGGUCGUCCGUAAAGUGGCCACGUCCUUCUUCUGUCUCCUGGUCUUUCUGUCAGUGUGUAAGGUUUUCCCCGUAGAGCGAAACAUCGACGACAACUUCAUCGCCAACACGCCAUUCUAUGCUCAGGUGGUCUACCUGUACCUGUCCAUGGUGACCACCAGACCCAAGUACUACUUUGUGUGGACGCUCGCUGACGCCAUCAACAACGCUGCUGGCUUUGGCUUCAAUGGCUACGACAGUGAUGGCUCUCCUCGCUGGGACCUCAUCUCCAACCUGAGGAUCCUCAACAUUGAGUUUGCCACCAGCUUCAAAGUUUUUCUUGACAACUGGAACAUUCAGACAGCACACUGGCUCAAAAGAGUGUGUUACGAGCGAUGUCCCUACCACCCAACAGCAGCCACCUUCAUCCUGUCAGCCAUGUGGCACGGAGCCUAUCCAGGAUACUACCUCACCUUCCUCACUGGCAUCGUCAUCACGCUGGCCGCCAGAGCGGUCAGACACAACGUUCGGCCAUACUUCCUGCAAUCACCCACCCACAAAGUGGUCUAUGAUGUCAUCACGUGGGCGGCGACUCAGAUCGCCAUCUGCUACACAGUGGUGCCUUUUGUGCUGUUGUCUGUGGGUCCAUCGCUAAAGUUUUACAGGUCUGUCCUGGUACUUCAGCCUCCACAUCGGUUGCGUUCUGUUGGCUGUGGCGUUGCCUGUCAAACCAAGACAUCUCCGCCUCAAAGAGCAGCAGAAAAGCUCCCUCCAAGAGUCGUCUCAACACCACCUGGAGGGUACAGUCAGCAACUGCAGCCAGAAGGAAAAAACCACAUGAGGACAUGGAAUAUUCAUGGGCAACAUCAUAUUUACAUGACAAGGUGUGAACCAUCACAGGGAGCGGCCUGCAAGCCUCGGUACAGAAACUCGAUGGGCAGUACUGUAAUAUUUGGGACAUUGGGAUGGAUGAAAAUAGACCCUGUGUUGUACCAUGUCUUUUAAAAGGAAGUACGACUGCCAGGAUAGUGUCUGGACUCAAUUGGUUUGUCUGUUAGUCUGUUGGCAGGUUCAGACAAAUCAGCAACGUUGGCGGAUAUAUAUAUAUAUAUAUAUAUAUAUAUGUAU